UCCCUUGUCCAAGUAAAUGGUGCUAGCUCAUUGGCCAUAUGAGAAAUGUCUGAUUAUACUCUCCCUUUCCUCUUCCAGAUGGGGGUUGGUGCUACAUCAUUCCUAUCCCCUGCUGCUGUUGAAACAACGGAUUGCAGUAUCUCAUCGGUAAUUCGAAGAUCGUAUAUACAUAGUUACUCCGCAACAUGUAUGCACAUGUACUACGCAAAGCGACCUCACAAGGAUCUCCCUGACAUAAACACAGCCCGUAGUAAAUUCAAUUGAACCACAAUCGGUUGGUUUUGUGGCGAUGCAAUUGGGACGCGCACUUUCAGUUUGCGUCCAAACAAGGACAAACACGUGUCGACCAACUUUCCUCUGCUCGUACAUCAUGUCAUCAUUGAGUCCCGACGUUGCACUGUCCAACCGACAAAAGGAGAACCAGCAGCCAAAGACAAAAGAUCAUACAAAGCGUUUCGUAGGAAGUAACACACCUCGAAUACCCCUUAGUCCUUCCAAACAGCCGACGCCAUCCAAUGUCGUUGAUGAUUUGACUGUUGAUUUGAAGAAUCUCAGCGUCGCACAAUCGCAGCAUAGAUCAAGAGUCCACCCAUUUCCUUCCGCUUCUACUUCCCUUUCUGCGUCUUCAUCAGUCAUAGGCGGCGAUUCUGUCCAAUCGUCGUGUAGAGGCGGCUCUGAGCCCAAGCCGCGAGCCUACAAACCGAUUGACGACUACCGCUCUCCUGUGCAGCUUCUGACCCGAGACCCCGACUGGUCUGCUCUUGCUUCUCAAACCCAGCAUGGGAUGCUUGGUAUCGGUAACAUGCCUCUCAACUUGACUAAUGUUGUGAAGCAUGAUUGGCGGGGCCUGAAGGCCGAGGUUUCUGAGGCUACACUGGUCCAAGCUAAAGAGAUAUCAAAGAGCGUGGAGUCUUUUCCCAGGCUGAAAACCCUUGAUGCUGAGGUGGAAGUGCCUCCCAACGGCAAGCAGCCCCUGCGUGUUGGAAUUGAUGAUCGGUUUGUACAUGAGCGCGGAGAGGAUGGUGCAUUUUCUGGUCAUACUCUGGCCCAUGCCGCAAUGGAUUCUCCCUCUGAAGACGUAAUGCAUGAUGAUCGGUUGAGGGAAGCCCUUGAUAUCAAGCCAGCUACAGAACGGAUCCUUCAAUUCACAAAAACCGCCCCCGCCCCCGAGAAGACCCUACGAUUGCCAUGCAGCGCGAACUCGUGAAACCUCUCUAUGCCAGACCUGGUGCUCUCGGAACCUCGAAUGGGGUAUACACUAAUAUGACCCGGCGGAUCCCAACUGCAGCUGAAAGAAUCUUGGAC